AUGCACCAGAUGGAUUUCUUUCAAAAUUCGGUAUAUUAUACCGUUAGUGCUAUAGCACACAGGUCACUGUGCAAAGACUGUUUAAUGAAUAAAUUACUAUUCUUUAUCAUUUCGGUCCUUUAUAUUUGCAUUGUUCCAUUUACAUUUUGUUUACCAUACGAUGUAGAAACAAAAUUUCAAUAUGCAUUGAAAAGCAUUGGUCGUGAUUGGCUUGACUAUGAUCAGUGUGAUCGUCGUUGUAAAUGGGUAUAUGGUAAUAGUCUGACGAUUACAGGCACACGAUUACAUAUUCAUGAAUGUGAAUGUUACAAUAAGUUACAAUUAAUUGGAAUUAUAAAACGUGACAACGAUUAUGAUCCACCAGUUAUGCCUAAAACAGCUUGUUGUGGCGCUGAUGGUAUUAAUUAUCCUACACAAGAAGCAGCAUGCACAAAUGGAACUUAUGCACUUCAUGGUGGCUAUUGUGGGGCAUGUUCAUCACAUGAAGAUAUUAAUAUUUUUAAUAUAACACGAAAUAAUAUGACAAGUAUUUCAACAAAAUGUGCUGUUAAAUAUGUGUUAUUUGGUAAAAAUUCAGCAACCAAAUGUAUGACUAAUACUGCUGCUUUAAGUGUUGAAUGUACUGAAUGCUGGGUAGAAAAUAUGGGAUGUGAUGCGGCACAAUGUUUGACUCUAUGUGCUAUUGAUCGCAUUUUACAUGUUAAUAAUACGAAACCGGAUGGUUCAUUAAAUGAUUGUUUAGCAUGCGAUGAAGGCUACUGUGGUAAACCAUUUAUUGUGUGUGCUGGUGCAAACCGUCGUCGUUCUGGUAUUACGUCCGAUAUUGAUCGUCCUCAAGAUACAAUCUGGAAACGUUACGCAUGCUAA